CGUAGAGGAUCGGUGUCAAACGUAAUACAGGUCUCAUACAAGUGACGGUCCUGACGGACGGAGCUCAUCGCCUGUCGCCGACUCGCCCGUGUCCACUGCCCAGUCCAGUACACGCAAAGGAUCGGUGUCAAACGUACAGUGUCAAUGUCUCCUAGCCUCCUCCCGAGUCAUUACUCAGUAUUGUGUACCGUGUUAGGGUUUAAUUUCAUUUUUGUUGUUUUGGGACCUUGGGAAGUUUUUGGCAUAUAUUGGGAUUUUUUUGGGGGCAGUCUUGGGAUAUCUGAAAAUCUGGAGUGGCAACCCUGGUGAGGCGAGUGUUCUCGCCGCCUGCCUGUCCCUGCCACUGUUCUCACUUCUCAGCUCUCUGUCUGAGACAAGUCACAUUGUCGCAGGCACUUUCCUACGAACCAGUCGCUGUCCAGCCAAACCAGAGUAAAGCAUAGGAGCGCCAUGGCUCAGUGCGAGCACCCGGCUGUCACCACCUUCAGGGAGUACAUCAAGAUCAAGACGGUGCAGCCAAACCCAGACUAUGAGACAUGCACCAGAUUUCUGAAGCGGCAGGGCAAGGAGCUGGGCGCCAAAUUGCACGUGAUGGAAUGCGUCCCUGGGAAACCCAUCAUUAUAAUGACUUUGGAGGGCCGGGAUCCCACCCUGCCCUCACUCCUCCUCAACUCUCAUACAGAUGUUGUACCAGUCUUCCCGGAACACUGGAAGUUCGACCCCUUCAGCGGGCACAAGGAUGAGGAUGGGGAGAUCUAUGGUCGCGGGACUCAGGACAUGAAGAGUGUGGGCAUGCAGUACCUGGAGGCUCUCAAGCAGCUUAGGAGUGAGGGUAACACCUUCCUGAGAACCAUACAUGUUUCCUUUGUGCCAGACGAGGAGAUCGGUGGUGCAAAUGGAAUGAUGUCAUUUGUGGAGACAGACUACUUCCGGAAAAUGAAUGUUGGUCUUGCACUUGAUGAGGGAUAUGCCAGCACUUCAGAGGAUUUCCUGGUGUUUUAUGGUCAAAGGCAUUCUUAUCAAUUGUAUGUGAGGUGUUCUGGCCAGCCUGGCCACGGGUCCCAGUUUUUACCCAACACUGCGGGAGAGAAACUGCAUAAAGUGAUCAUCUUCCUUUCCUUCCGUGAUAAAGAAGAACGCAGGCUAAAGGAAAACCCAGACCUCCACCUUGGAGAAGUCACAACUGUCAACCUUACAAUGUUAGAGGGAGGGAUGCAGCUUAACGUGGUACCUGCACAGCUGAGUGUCGGUUUUGACGUGCGUGUCGCGCCGACAGUUGAGCCCGCUGACUUUGAAAGCAUGCUGCAAGGCUGGUGCAGGGAAGCAGGGCAAGAUGUUGUUUUUGAAAUCGAUAGCAAGGUUGUCUGCAGGGAGUUGUCCUGUGUGGAGGACGGCCAGAGUCCGUGGUGGGAUGCUUUUUCUCAAGCCUGCAAGAAAGAAAAAAUAACAGUACAAAAGCGAAUUUUCCCUGCUGGCACAGAUAGCAAGUUCAUCAGAAAGCUUGGCAUCCCAUCCCUUGGGUUCUCUCCAAUGAACAACACUGAACGCCUUCUGCACGACAACAAUGAACGCCUCAACGAGAAGGUGUUCCUGCGCGGUAUCGAGAUCUACGCCUCCAUCAUCAGUGCCCUUGCUAACUGCACGCCAUAACCUUUACUUUGCCGUGUGUUGCAGUAGCAUGUAAAAGAAAAGUUUAUGGUUGAUUAAUAUGCUCUGCAAAUACUUGUAAGAAACCUUAUUACAUCAAAACAUCAAAUGAUUUAACUCUUAUUGCGGACACUCACUACCAGAAUAUUAUAAUCUCUUAUAAUGUGUUCUUGUUUGCUAAUGUAGUUGUAAUAGUCUACAAUUAACUAUUAUAUCUGAUAAAAAGCCAAUUCAAAGAGAAAAGAAAGCAAAAUCUUUGGAUCUUUUUGUAUACUGGCCGGUGGGGCACAAAACAAUCGGAAACACCUCCC